AUGAGGCUGUUCCCUGUUUGCAAGAGCCUUGGAGAACACGAGCUGCUUGGCCAACACUGAGAAAAGUGGUUUGUGAAAGGAUCUGAGAAAGAUUCUACGCUGGCUGCUGCACAGGCUCGCCAAGGCAAGCUCUGCUCCAGUUCCCCAAGUGAUAAUUCCAGGAAGGCUCAUGAAGAUCCAUCAGGGAGCCAGCAGCUGGGGAGCAUGAGGUGAUCCCUUACCAUUCUCUGGUUCUAUGUGAGCCUGUAGCACGUGUCUGCUCCGGUGAGAAGGUCUCCAGGUUGUAAGAGGAAGGAAGGUCAGACUUUCCCAGCUGUGUGAGGGGAAAGAAGCAGCGGAGCUUUUGUGAUGAGCACAUUGCUCCCUGCUGUGGAAAGAGCCUGCUGGAGCCAGCCUGAUGGGAUGCUGUGUAACAGGAGUUGGCAGCAGAGGCUUCUGAGGCAUCAGGACAACCCCUACAAUGGGACUGACUGUGACACUGAUCACCUGAGCAAAGUCCCUGUGACACUGCUCAUCUGCCUCUGCGGGCUGCUGGGCAACGGGGCCGUCCUCUGGCUGCUCGGCCUCCGCAUCCGCAGGAGCCCCAUCACCGUCUACAUCCUCAACCUGGCUGUGGCCGACUUCACCUUCCUCCUCUCCAUCACUGUUGCCCUGGUGAUGUUUUACAGCCCAGAGAGCCUUUGUCCCAGGCUGGGCUCACAGGACGUGACAACUGUGUUGAACAUCAUCAUCCUCUUCACCUUCACUGCUGGUGUCUACCUCCUGACGGCCUUCAGCGCCGCGACGUCCCUGCCCGUCCUCCUCCCGUCCCGCUGCUCCUGCCACCCCUUCCAGCGCUGCUCCGUGCUCCUCUGUGUCCUGCUCUGGGCCCUCUCCUUCCUCCUCACCCUGACCCUCUACUUCUGCCCUGCAGCACUCAUUGCCUUCGUCCUGAGCUACCUCUUAUCGCUGCUCACCAUGAUUUUUUCUGGUCUAAACCUUCUCGCCAGGAUCUUGUGCUGUUCGUGGCAAUAUCCUCCAAGGAAGCUCUGUGUGGUGGUCGUGCUAGCUGGCUUCUUCUUCCCCUUCCUCACUGCAGAUUUUGGUUACUGGCUCUUGCUCAGACUGUUUGAUUUCUCUGUUUUUAUCUUUGAUGCCUCUCUCCCAUUCGCCUGUGUCCACAGCAGCAUCAACCCCGUCAUUUACUUCUUGGCUGGGAACUGCACCAAGAAGUGCACACUCUCUGUGAGGGUUGCUUUCCAAAGGGCUUUUGAAGACAUAACAGAGCCCUCAAGCAGAGGCAAAACUCCCAGAGAAAACACAGUGGAAACAUCUGUUUAAACCUCUGCAGCCUUUCCCUGAGAGGGAUGCUGGAGGGAUGGAGGUGUCACGUGGGAGUUUUGUGUUUCCAUGUGUCUGCUUAAGAGCAGCAUGUGGGUAGUUAAGAAAGCUUGGCAUGGCAGGGCAAGACAACUCCAGUGCAAACCCUUUGUGUAGGUGUCUCUGCCACGUGCAAAGAAGAUGUGGAGGCUUCACAUUUAGCUUUGAGAGCAGGCAAGUGGCCGUGUGUUUGGGAUGGGUCCCGGGAGGUUUUCCCCGAAGCGCUUUGCCUCUGCUGCACACUGGGCUCGGUCUGCACGUCAUGAGCAUUGGCUGCACGCGAGGGCUUUGCUCUGGAACUACGUCUUGUGGUUCCUCCCACGUUCCUCUGGGCUGUCUGGAUGGUUAACUUC